UUUUAAAUCCCUUUUUCAAAGUUUCAGUUCAAAGUUUCAGCUUCUACCAGUCUUUCUACGUUGCCCUCAUUUCAAGGGACCACUCGCCGGUGGUCCUGGAGCCAACUAUAAGUGACAACUUUCCUUACUGAUUCUUUCGCGUUUUUAUUCUCGCCUUCUUCUUAUAAUACUGACAUUGAUCUGUUAAUCAGGCUUCUCAUCUGUUGUAGUAGUGAGUCUCAUUCCACCAUCAUGUCCGAAUCACAACCCUCCACUUCUUUAUCGUCCAUCGACCUUCCUGCGGUUCCAAAAGAUUCCACUGCAGCCGAAGGUGUUAUGGUACGACAAAGUGCCGUUGAUACAAAACCGUCACGACCGUCUUUCAAGGUGUUCAGGCCACCGGCAACGUCGUCUUCUGCUCCUUUACCUACGUUGUCCGACGAAUACUUUAAUCCUUCGGCCUCGGAAGUCAGGCUUCAGCAGCAUCAAUUAUCGGCGAGAGUGCAAGCUUUGACAAAUGCACCUCUUCAACUGAAAACGACGAGGGAAGCAGCGGAGAAAGCAAAGAAAGAUAGAUGGCCUGAGACGAGAAUACGUGUCAAGUUUCCAGAUAGGACCCAACUCGAAAAGGUGUUUCCCUCAACUGACAAGAUCAAGUCGAUAUACGCGUUCGUACGGAAUUCGUUAAGAGAAGACGUGAAACCUAUCAAGUUCAUUCUUUAUCAACCUCCCCGACAGGAUCUCAAGGUUUCCGAUGUGAAUGUGAGGAAUCUCUCUCUGGCGGAAUUACAGUUGGCGCCUUCUUCAGUUUUAUUAUUGCGCUUUGAGGACGAGUCGUUGAAUGGAACGAGGGUACCCGCCCCGCUGGCACCAGAAGUCCUUGCAAUGGCGCAAGAUCUUCCUACCCCUCCUCCAGAACCAUCUCCCACCCUUCCCGCAAAGGAGGAAUCUUCCUCCAAAACGGUAGGAAAGACACUUGGAUCCCUUACAUCUGGGGAAAAGAAGAUACCCAAAUGGUUGAAAUUCGGCAAGAAGUGAUCCGCGAGAAAGGAUAAUGGAACUUGUAAUAUAUUGUACGGACGAUGAUCUACGGACUCGAAAAUAUAGAGAGUUAAUAUACAGGAAAAGUCGGAUCCACA